CCGCCGAUUUCGAAACCGGAAAAUUAAACAAAGGGAAAAAAUCUAUAGAAGCACACCACCUUGCUUGCAUUUUCCGCUGUAACAGCGUCGGCGCCGACUCCGGCAGAAGCCAGAAGAGCUCCAAUAACAUGCCGGCAACUAUACUACGUGUUCUCGCCGUGAUACUCCUCUGUUAUAUAACGCCGUUAGCUCAUUCACACUACCACUGGCCAUCCUCCUCCGCGCCCGCGCAAUCCGAGUGGCGGCCAGCGCGGGCGACCUACUACGCGCCGGCGGAUCCCCGCGAUGCGGUGGGCGGCGCGUGCGGGUUCGGCGAUCUGGAGAGGAGCGGCUACGGCAAGGCGACGGCGGGGCUGAGCACCGUGCUGUUCGAGAGGGGCCAGAUCUGCGGCGCGUGCUUUGAGGUCAGGUGCGUCGAGGAUCUCCGCUGGUGCAUCCCUGGAACUUCCAUUAUUGUUACCGCUACCAAUUUUUGCGCUCCCAACUACGGCUUCGAACCAGACGGCGGCGGCCAUUGCAAUCCCCCCAACGCUCAUUUUGUGCUGCCUAUUGAGGCGUUUGAGAAGAUUGCCAUUUGGAAAGCUUCGAAUAUGCCGAUUCAGUACCGCAGAAUAAAGUGCAGAAAGGAAGGAGGAGUGCGGUUCACCAUAACCGGUGCAGGAAUCUCCCUGUCGGUGCUGAUCAGCAACGUUGCUGGUGCUGGUGACAUAGUUGCGGUGAAAAUUAAGGGCACAAAAACAGGAUGGCUUCCAAUGGGCAGGAAUUGGGGCCAAAUCUGGCACAUAAAUGCUGACUUGAAGAACCAACCUCUUUCGUUCGAGAUAGCUACCAGUGAUAAAGUCACCCUCACUUCUUACAGUGUUGCUCCCAAGAACUGGAAUUUUGGACAGACUUUUGAAGGUAAGCAGUUUGAACUUUGAAGCUUGAGUAAAAUCUCCAUGAAUUUCAUUGCCUGGACAUUCAUACUGAAAAGGGUUGCCACCAUUAUAGAACCUAUAAGCUAGAUAUGAGCCAUUGUUCUUAUGGUUGUUUUUGUGUGGCAAAUGUAAUUAGAAAUCCCAAACUGCACUUAGUGAUAGCUGCAGUUCUUUUGGAUAAGGGAUCUCAAAAUUUCUGGGUUUUCAUCUCAAAAUCAGACUACACAUCUUGCCAAAUGUGUAGUCUGAUUCCAGUCAUUAAAUUGUAAUCUAUAACCCUGGUGGUCAGUUUACAGAAAUACCAGAUUUAACUUCUGUCAACUGAAUCGAACUGCAUAGUGUUUAUAGAUAGCUCAGUUGGUUCUCGUGUCA